AUGAUGACGUCAGCGGUGUCGCAUUCGCAGGUUCCUACUAGCGUCACACCCGCCAUAGAUCUGGCCAGCGCUAGUAGCAUUCUCGCGCUCCUUAAUCCGGAUCUAGCGACCGCGCAGCUCGGGGGAAUGGCGCAAGCUGGUAACGGCGGACGCGGCGGUACUGGUGUUAGCGGCGGCAUUAGCGGGGGUACGAACGGCGGUAUUCGCGGUAGCGGCGGUAGCGGAGCGGGGCAUAUGGUGCCGGCGGCGGCACGAGCAGCACCACAUUCCGCGCCGUCAGUUCCGCCGCCGCGCCCGCCGGCGGCGGUGUGGCCGGCAGCUCAGCAGAUUGGGCCGCAUCUGACGGCUAGCUGGGGAAACAUGGGGCUCGAGACGGGCAAUGCACUCGUUCUAAGCAAUCGCGGUUCCGUUAUAAGCAUACCAGGUGGUAGUAACGGGGAUAGGUCGUUGGGGAGUGGCGAUACCCAAUGUGGCACAUGGGCCCUGGGGCAGGUAGGUUUGUCCGCUGGAAAUAACGAUAGAGCUUUCCAGGCUAGUCAGCCAGCUGCACAGAAAUUACUCGUCGAUGAUGCAGCAGCAACAGCAGCAACAGCAGCAACAGCAGCAGCAGCAGCAGCAGCAGCAGCAGCAGCAGCAGCAGCAGCAGCAGCAGCAGCAGCAGCAGCAGCAGCAGCAGCAGCAACAGCAGCAGUUGCAGCAGCAGCAGCAGCAGCAGCAGCAGCAGCAGCAGCAGCAGCAGCAGCAGCAGCAGCAGCAGCAGCAGCAGCAGCAGCAGCAGCAGCAGCAGCAGCAGCAGCAGCAGCAGCAACAACAGCAGCAGCAGCAGCCACAGCAGCAGCAACAUCAGGAGGUGCAGCAGCUGCAGCAGCAGCAGCAGCAGCAACAGCAACAACAACAACAACAGCAGCAACAACAGCAGCAGCAGCAGCAGCAGCAGCAGCAGCAUCAACAAGAGCAGGGCGAGGUGUUUCUCCAGCAGCUGCAACAGCUGCAGCAGAGAGAGCUGCAGGCGCUGCUGCUAAUGCAUCUGCAGAAAGAGAUGCUGGAGCAGCAGAAACACAGAAUGGAGGGGGCGUGGGCGGUUUCGGUGUGAUUGUAAAUGAGGAGGGUCUAUCGAAAGGCACAUGGUUACCAGAGGAGGAUCGAGUGCUGAUGGAGUAUGUGGAGUGUUAUGGGGCUAAGAACUGGGGUAACUUGGUAACCAGGGGGCUGCUGAGACGCUCUGGGAAGAGCUGCAGGCUACGAUGGGUGAACCAGCUGAAGCCGGGCCUGCAGAGGUAUGGUGGCAAGGGCUGCAAGCGGUUCACAGAACAGGAGUCCAACACAGUGCUCGCUCUGCAGCUGAAUGACGACGCCAAGGGGCCUCCUUCUCUUGCCUUUCCCUUCACACGCCUUCUCCACCGCCUCCCCUUUGCCAUUCUCACACCCGGUCCCCCCUCUCCCAUCGCCUACCCCAAUCAGGAGACGCUGGGCAACAAGUGGGCGGCGGUCGUGAGGCACCUGCCGGGGCGGACGGACGCCCAGAGACGUUUCCCCUUCUCACGCCCACUUCUCCCUCGCACUCCCCCUCCUCCCUUCCUUCAGGAGACGCUGGGCAACAAGUGGGCGGCGGUCGAGACGCUGGGCAACAAGUGGGCGGCGGUCGCGAGGCACCUGCCGGGGCGGUUGGACGCCCAGAGACGUUUCCCCUUCUCACGCCCACUUCUCCCUCCCACUCCCCCUCCUCCCUUCCUUCAGGAGACGCUGGGCAACAAGUGGGCGGCGAUCGCGAAGCACCUGCCGGGGCGGACGGACAACGAUGUGAAGAACUUUUGGAACCUGCACCUCAAGCGCUUGGAGCGCCUGCGCCGGCAGAGGGAGCAGAAAGGGGGCUGUGCUGCUAGUAAAAGUGAUGCUGGUGGUGGCGGUGGUGGUGGUGCGGCUGAGAUUUCUGCUACUGCUGCUGCUGCUGCUACUGCUGCUGCUGCUGCUAGUGCUGCAGCAGGCCCGUCGGCAAGGAAUACAGGAGAUUCGACCAAUGAAGGUGCUGCAGGGAACGGUGCUGGGAGUGGUGCUGGGUCCAAUGAAGACAGAUAUUGCCGUUUCAGAAGCAGGGGCUCAGAAGGUGGGGGGGAGCAGGAGGCAGUCAAGGAUGAUGGUGCUGCUGGUGCUGCUGGUGGGGCAACAGGGAGUGGGGGAAGCAGUGGCAGUGCUGGCAACUCAGGCAGUGAUGGCAGUGCUGGUAGCGGUGGCAGCGGUGAUUCUGCCACUGCUGCCAUACCAGGCUCAGGCUCGGGCGCAGUCCCCUCAGACCACUCAUCUCCUGCUGUCCCACUGCUUGACCCAAAGAUCGACGGCCCAGAUGCAUUCGCUGGAGGAAUGGGCACAGAGGAGGAUGAUGCUGCUAGUGGGGGGGGCUUUCAGGAGUCGCUUUCAAUGGCUGCAGGACAGGGGCAGACAGCCGCAUCGCUUGACAUGCAUGAUAUUGAACAACUCCUUAUGGGGGAUGAUUGUGCUGCUGCUGACAUGUCGGGCUGUGAUUGGCCCAGCAGCGUUGGAAACCCUGGGAUGGGGACUGGCCCUGGAGGGAUCAUAGAAGCUGGAGAGAUUCUGGAGGGAGGAGAAACAGGAGCUGCAGUAGGAGUAACAGAGGCUGCAAUAGGGGUAACAGAUGCUGCAGUAGCAACUGCUCUGAGUGAAACAUCUACGGCUGGGGAUGUGGCAGAUGUGAGUGCAGUGGGGCAUCUACUCUUUGAUGAUUCGUCAGCCAUGCAGCAGCUGAGCGCUGAUUGGCUGACUGAUUUCCAGAGGAGCAAUUACGCUGCCUUCACCCCUGAGAAUGGGGCUGCCCUGGCGCCUGGGGCAACGGCUGCAGCACAGCAAGCAGUCCACUCAUCAGCUGAGCAUGCAACUGGAAUGGCGUCAUUUGGGGGAACCUCUGUGCCAGUGCAGCAGGGGGUGUGGCAACUUGGAGCUGCUAAAGGCAGGCAACUCAGUCAAGAUGGGACUGCUGGUGGAGGAGAAUAUCACUGGGGCCAGGGCUUUGUUCCUUGA